UAUAUUUUCUCAAGUUCUGGUUUCAAUGGCGUUAACUUAAAAAUUUAAACCCUAGAGAAGCAGAGACAGUAGCAGUCUUAAAAACACUUGAACCGGAAACAGUCGACGACGCAGCUAAACAUGUCGGAAAGAGAAGAAGAUUACGAUUCUGAUGCACCUGAAGAAUUUUCAAACCAGCAGGGAAUAAAGCAAGAUGAGAACAUAAGAAAAAUCCAGAAAGAAAACAGGGCCAGGGUUCGUCGUGAGGGAAAAGAACGUCGAAGGCUUUGGGCUCAGAGGAAAACACCCCGUCAAUCUACAAAGGUUGAAAAGGUCCAAGAAGAUGUAGAAACCGAAACUGAUGAGGAAUCUCAGGCUAAGAAGGGGUUGCUUCCUACCAACAUCGUUGAAAUGCUUUCGUCUCGUGAAAAACAAGUUUUCUUAUCCGACUCCGAGGAUGAGAAGGCUGAGGUAAAUCCAAUUCCGAGAAAGAAAAAGAAGAAAAACUCAGGGGUAGAACCCGUUAUUUUGAAUGACAUACCACCUCCUCAAUGCUUACAAAGCUCCUUGGAGUUCUUGAAGAAAAGGAAUAUGCAGGUUCCAAGAUCAUCUUUGGUUUUAAAGAACUCUAACCAAGUACUCCGCCUUAGUUGUGCCAUAUCAACUUCUGGGUUACGUGAAAGUUGUAAAAGACUGUAAUGAAGUUUGCUAGUGUCCUUCUGAACCUGAGAUUGUGCCAAUAUUUCUAAAAAAGGGUUCAAUGCAGCCUAUUCCUAUUGCGGGUUCUGAACGAAAUGAAGCUGAAAAAUGAGCUGCCUCUUAUUUGUAAGCCUCCUCUGGGUUGUUAAUUUGCUCAUAGGGGAUUCCAACAAUUUGUGCCCUUUGUGGUUUUGGUCAUGUUUUAUUAUUUGAGCAAAUUUAAUAUCGCACACUCAAGCUAUUUAGAUAGAAAAAAUACUAUUCUUUUUGGUAUCAUUUUAUCCUUUAAUGAGAUGGAAAUUACUUCAUAUACUAAA